CCCAAACCAAGGCCCAAUAGGCAAUAACGCCCUCCUUAUCUCUUCUCCGCCUCUGGCGCGCGCUCGCCCACAAGACCCAUGUCGUCCUUCGCAGCGCGCGCCCUCUCGCCGGCGCCGCCUCCCCUCCCUCGCCGCCUGAGGCCCGCGAGGUGCUCGGGCGGCACCGCGGCGGCGGCGGAGACGGCCACCGCGGGGCCAGCGAGGGUGACGACCGUCAGCAACAGCGGGGACUCCCUGCCGAUAUGCCGCGUGCUCAACGGCAUGUGGCAGACUAGCGGUGGGUGGGGCCGCAUCGACCGUGACGCCGCCGUAGACGCCAUGCUCGCCUACGCCGACGCCGGCCUCUCCACCUUCGACAUGGCCGACCACUAUGGGCCAGCAGAGGAUUUGUAUGGCAUUUUCAUCAAUAGAGUUAGGCGGGAGCGCCCACCUGAGUUGCUGGAAGAAAUCAAGGGGCUUACAAAGUGGGUACCACCUCCGGUUAAGAUGACAAGAAGCUAUGUUGAGGAUAAUAUCAACAGAUCUAGGAAGAGGAUGGAUGUUGCUGCCUUGGACAUGUUGCAGUUCCACUGGUGGGAUUACUCAAAUCCUGGAUAUCUGGACGCACUAAAGCACAUCACAGACCUGAAGGAGGAAGGCAAGAUAAAGACUGUAGCUCUGACAAACUUCGAUACAGACAGACUGCAGAUAAUUCUAGAAAAUGGAAUCCCAGUUGUCAGCAACCAGGUUCAACAUUCUAUUGUUGAUAUGCGCCCACAGCAAAGAAUUGCAGAGCUUUGCCAGCUUACUGGAGUUAAACUUAUAACGUAUGGCACAGUUAUGGGUGGUCUUUUGACUGAGAAGUUUCUUGACACCAAUGUAUCAAUACCUUUUGCUGGACCUCCUCUAAAUACCCCAUCCUUGCAGAAAUAUAAGAGGAUGGUCGAUGCUUGGGGUGGCUGGAGUUUAUUCCAGGCUUUGCUUCAGACUUUAAAGAAGGUGUCCUUGAAACAUGGCGUCUCUAUCGCAACUGUUGCUGUGAGAUACAUACUGAAUCAGACAUCAGUUGCAGGUUCGAUGGUGGGUGUGAGGCUGGGACUCGCUGAACACAUUAAAGACACCAAUGCCGUAUUCUCACUUGAAUUGGAUGAAGAGGACAUGAACAGCAUCACCGAAGUAUCAAAGAAGGGCAGAAAUUUGAUGGAUAUUAUCGGCGAUUGCGGCGACGAAUAUAGAGCUUAGUUGUUCAGGGUGUUGCUGCGCUCCUACACUAUAGAUCGAAAUUUUGGCUAUAUUGCGCUUAGUCUAGUAGCUAAGCGCAGAGUCGAGGCAAAGGCAACCCUAUACCUAGAUUAUCUUAUCAUCAAGGGCUAGCGUGUAACCUCCACAGAGGAAGCCACAAUUUGUAAAAACUGUAAAUAUACAACGAUACAGGUGAGGUGCCUGGUGUGGUAAUUCGUCCA